AGGCUCUAUGGAAUCGUGCUAAAAUAAGCUACAAUGGAAACAAAUAGCGACCAGGAGUGCUGCGGCUCAGGAUGUACAAACUGUGUUCUCGAUCUAAAACCCUCACGUCACAAACUACCUCCUGGAGUGACCAAUCUGUUCGAUCGAACUUACCAACCAUUCGUGUGCUGUUCGAUCGUGCAACAGGCGGAGAACGUGUUUAGAUUUACGUUCCGUAGGGAUAAAUCUUCACACGAUCCUUCGAAUAAUCAUCGGCUAAUUGUACCUCCAGGGUGCCAUUUACUUAUGCGAGCACCGAAAACGUUUAACCGAUCAGAGUAUCCCGCAGAUGAUCAGUUGGUAUUGUGGCGUAAACAACAUCCGGCGCAUCAAGUUGUGGAUCGUGUUCCGACCAGCGAGUUGGAAAAAUAUGAUAAAAAUGAAGAGGAUUUGUUCUUCAGCCGACCGUACACCCCAAUAGCGCAUAACCACGAAGCGGCCACUUUUGAAGUACUCAUCAAAAUGGAACCCGGAGGAAAAAUGACGGAAUAUCUGUUAACCCUCUCGAUUGGAUCUACGACGGAGUGGAAAGGAGUGUAUGGGGAAUUUCAACGGAGGCGAAACCAGUACCCGAAUGUGGUAGGCUUUGUCCAGGGCGUUGCCAUAGCACCAGUCUACAGUACGAUGAGAUCAAUACUAGACGACGAUGAAGAUUACACUAGAUUGACGCUGUGCGCUUGUUUUCGAGAUUUGGAAAACGUGCUACUGCGAGACGAACUCCAGGCGAUGGCCGGAUAUUGGAACUUUAAAUAUGAAACGUAUCUUUCUCGACGUAGCUGUAGCUGUUUACAAGAUGAAGCGAGUUCUUGUAGCUGUAUCGCAAAGCGAAAAAAAUAUAAUGAACCCAUAUACGAUCGUCGAUUGGAUGAGAAAGACAUUGCACGUUUAAUGGCGCCCUCUUCGGAAAAGAAAAAUAGUUCCCCAUUGGUUUUACUUUGUGGGACUGAUUCCUUCACGUCGUUUAUUAUAUCUAAUCUAGUAAAGUUAGGAAUAGAAAAUUUUUAUAUUUUUUAA